UGCGUUGGCUGCAGCUGCCGCCGAUAUACCACUGCACGAGGCUGGAGUAAAAGGCUAUCUUGGGGCAUGACGGGAGCGAGGUUGGGACGUGCAGUCCUUGCGUCUGGCGCAAGGGAUUCUGCCGUUGCUUCCCUACCACGCCGAGCAGCAGGACUGGUGACGAGCAAGGGAUGCAAUGGAGUGCUCAGCAGAGUUCCUGCGGCUGCGAGUCAGUCGCUACGUACCAACGCUGCUAGGAGCGUAGGUGGCGGCCUAACUGGAGACAGCAUCUUGCGACCCGAGGGGAGCUUGGGCGGCAGCUACAACGGCGGUUUUCCCAAGUUGUUCGAAGGCGUUCGUAGUACCCCCGCUCGGCAGUUUCAUUCCACUCGACCUGCCGAGAAGAGAGACUUCUACGACGUGCUGGGGGUCGCCAAAGGGGCGGACAAGUCGGAGUUGAAAAAGAAGUACUUCCAGCUGGCCAAGAAAUAUCACCCCGAUCAGAACAAGGACAACCCCGACGCUAAAGCCAAGUUCCAGGAGGUCACCGAGGCCUACGAAGUGCUAAGUGACUCGGACAAGCGAAGUCGGUAUGACCAGUUCGGGCACGCAGGGGUCGAUCCCAACAACGCCGGAGCCGGUGGUCCUGGGGGAGGCGGUGACCCGUUCGCAGGCUUCGGGGGUUUCCGAGGAGACCCCUUUCGGCAAGGGGGAUUCCAGUCCAACGUAGAUAUCGACCCCCAAGACCUCUUCGAGCAGCUGUUCGGGGCGCAGAUGGGCGGGAGGCAGAGGAGACCACGGGGCCCGAGGCCUGGCCAGGAUCUGCAGCUGCGGAUGAAACUGUCCUUCUUGGAAGCAGCGUUUGGGACAACUCGAUCCCUGGACGUGACCUAUCACGUCGUGGAAGGCGGCAAGAGAAGGCGCAAGACCAGGAGCGUAAAGGUCAAGGUUCCCGGGGGAGUGGAGAGCGGCAUCGCUAUCCACGUCCGAGGGGAGGGAGCUGAAGGAGAGAAGGGCGCCCCGAACGGCGACCUCUACGUGCAGCUCGAGGUGGCACCUGACCCGUACUUCGAGAGAUCCGGAGCGGACUUGCACGUGACGGCCGAUGUUAGCAUCGCUCAGGCGGUCCUUGGUGGCAAGGUUGACAUCAUGACCAUCGAUGGAAUGGUGGAAGUGACGAUCCCGAAGGGGGCACAGCCGGAUGCGGUACUGAUGCUGAGGGGGAGAGGUCUGCCGCGGUUGACGGGCUCCGGCGCCAGUGCCGGGCGAGGCAACCAGCUCGUGCAUCUCAGGAUCCUGAUUCCAACCAAGCUCAGCGAUCGGCAGCGCAAGCUGAUGGAGGACCUCCGAGAAGAGGACGACAGGUUAGCCGGGAGAGGGAGCUCCAAGACGAAGGCUUCCUCGGAGGGGACAGACUCCAAAUCCUCUACCGGUAGCAGCAGUAGCGGCGGCGCCGACGGUGCAGCCUUCUCCGACGAGGACGCUCGAAGCGGUAUCAGCGGGUUCAUGCGGGACGCCUAUGACAGGGUGAAGUCGCACCUGGCCGGGAAGGAGGCGAAGGAGAAGAAGCAAAAUGCGUCUUCGUCGAAAUAGGGAGAGAGGAAGGAGGCAUAUUUUUUGAUGAUUUUUGUGCUGGCGCUCCGAGACUCCGCUCGCUGCCAACGACAGCCUCAAAUGGUUCUGUAGCACGAUGUUUUUGGGUGUACCUACAAGAGAGGCAAGGGGCGCAUGAGGGAGGACUAAAGCGAAGGAAUUAUCGUUUCUUGUUUUUUGUCCCGGCAGUGGUUGAACCUUCGUGUCCUUGACCUGUGCCCCGUUUUAGUUACUCCGGCAGCGUGGAUGCCGAACUGCAGCCCCUCCGAAACUCGUGUCGGAGACACUGGCGGCGAGACCGUGCUGUCGUAGGUCUGUAGUUUGCCGUGACGUUGAGCGCAUCCACUCGAGUUGCUGACAUGGUUUUGAUGCCAUGGUACCUUCGAUUAUUUGCCGCAAGGUUCCUCUCGGCGUCGGGGGUCAUGGUGAGGCGGCGUUGUCUCUUUGCGUGGGCUUAUGUCCGCUACGGCUGUGGGCCAAUUUCCGCUCCUCGGCUGAACAAGAGUGCCGUCAACGAAUCAUAACUUCCAACAGGAGGUCGAACUCAUCCUGCGCGAGAUGGUGAGACUAAAAAAAGACUUCAGGCGGGGCGGGUGUGGCCGAGAGCUCACUUGGCUCGAGUGCCAUAUGAGACAGUUUGAGGCGCCCGGUUGUUUACAAAUCUCUUGAGUGGCUCGGUAGUGUCGCUUUUUUGCGCCUUUUCCGAAUGCCACUGCCUGAAGUAGCGGUUGACCUGUCGUGUCUUCACACGUCUUGCAUGCAUGACAGGAGUUUCAGCCAGCUUGAACUAGCAACGCCGACGAUGCUAGUCAGCUUGCGUUUACGUCUAUCCUACUAGGGCUAGCAAAUAUUAUUGCGUGGGGGGCUUGCCGUUAGAGGGCCAAACGCGGGGUAGCUACCAAGUGUGUGCGGCGGCGAUUGAAGUUUUGUUCCG